GUAGCUAAACUGCGAAGCCAAUCACCCAAGACCCCCUACCUACAUCAAUUCACCUAUAUUCCAUCCCAAAAGGUUAAACCAAAGGCCCCCCCAAACCAAGAAGACCACUAUUAUAUGCUAGUGCGAGCAAAAUUAACAGCACUACAACUGAAACCUGUGAACUGGAUUCGAGUUCGAAGCUUAACAAUGGCAACUCAACCCGAGGAAAAAGUCCACCAUCACUAUGCUCACACUGACUCUUGCAAGGACUCACGAUGGACGGCCAAGGAAUGCUACGAGUUUAUGUAUGGCAAACCAUGGAAAGCAAUAAAUGAUUUUUAUUUGGAUUUGGUAAAUGGGCGCUCCACUUUGGCAGAGUUGUUUGGAAAUAAGGAGGAGGGGGACGUUGUUGCGAUUUCUGAUGAAUAUACUCCGGAAGACAGUCUCCCUGAUAAUCAUUCUGGAAGAUGGGCAAGAGUCACAUAUAAGAUAGUAGUGUCCUAUCAUGGGGAGUACUUUGAUGGAUGGCAGAAGCAGCCUGGUUUGAACACCGUUCAGGGACUGGUGGAGAGAUCCAUUGGAAUGUUUGUCGAUGACAGGAAAGCUAAACAGCGAAAAGACAAGGGUUUACCAGUUGAAGGGAUGAUAGUGGUUGCUGGACGUACUGACAAAGGGGUGACGGCGCUGAACCAAGUUUGCUCUUUCUAUACUUGGCGAACGGAUGUGAGUAACGAGGACAUUGAACAUGCCAUCAACUCUGCGGCAUCUGGAAAACUCCGAGCUACAUCUGUGUCUAAGGUAUCACGUGCUUUUCAUCCAAAUUUUAGUGCCAAAUGGAGGAGAUAUCUUUAUAUUUUUCCAUUUGAGGAAGGAGACUCCAGGGAACAGAGUAAUGAUAUAGAGGAGAUGGGAAAUGUGUCCUCUGAUAAGAGUCAAACAUGGAAGAGAAAUGAAAUAGCUGAAGAUAAUGUAGAGGUGAAUACAAAGGACCUUCCUGAUGAAAAGGAUGAGCUUGAUGGGGUAAAGAAACCAACAUGCUUCUCUAUCAGAAGAGUUGACCAACUUCUACAUCAAUUGCAAGGGAAGUUACUUUCUUAUAAAAUGUUUGCUCGAGACACCAAAGCUGCUAGAAACACUGGUCCUCCAACAGAGUGUUUCAUCUAUCAUGCUCGAGCAGUUGAAGCUAGAAUCCCUUGCUCUGACAAGGGUCAUGCAGAUGGUGUGAAAGUAAUGUGCGUCGAGCUUGUUGCCAACCGUUUUUUAAGAAGGAUGGUUCGUGUACUUGUUGCAACUGUAGUAAGGGAGGCAGCAGCAGGUUCAGAAGAGGAUGUUUUACUAAAACUGAUGGAAGCCACAUGCAGACGUGCUACUGCCCCUCCUGCACCGCCUCAUGGUCUUUGCCUUGUUGAUGUCGGAUAUUCCGAUUUUAAUUCACAGAAAUGCUUCAUUCAUUGAAUAUACUUCCAUUCUGUAUUCAUCACAGUAUUAUUGUAAGCUUUCAUCUCUGCCGCUCCUAUGAGCUUGUUAUGCCCAUCUUUUAUAUGGGGUCUAUCAAGAAUGAUAUUUUUUGACAAAUUUUCUCUAUGAAAUCGUCUCCAUAAUUGAGAUUAUUUGGAAGAUAUGCUAUAUCUAGGAUUA